UGAAGCCACGGCCGUAAGAAAAUAAUGACAACAACGCGCUCGCGGCCGUUGACAUAAAUGUCAGUUGAUAACUCUUGGAAAUAAUUUGAAUGUUAUUGUGUGAAUAUUAAUGUUUUAAUGUAAUAAAACAUCGUUGUGAUUGUUAAAUACGAUAAAAAUGGAUACGACAACGAGUAUGAAGCCUAAGACAAUGGCUGAGUUACUACCUGGACUCAGUGGCAUCCUAUCUAAAGAAGCUCUACAAACUCUCACUGCAAGGAAACAGCCAAGGAAAACACUUAUACAAACACGAACUGCUGAAAAAGUGUUAAAACCAUUGACUCUAGCAGAGAUGAGAGCUGAUAUCCUAGCUUUGAAAGUCAAGUCUCCAAGAAGGUGCCCGCAAUCUACCGCAUCUGCUAAAAAGAAUUGGAACUCAUCAGUGAAGGUUGACAAGAAGAUAAGCCACACAGCAGAUGGACAAAUGAAGAACAAUCCUGUUAGAAAAGCUCUCAAUUUUCAACCUAAAACUAAGAGUGUUGUGAAUUCGAGAGCUACAAUACAUCAGGCAACCACAGAAACACCAAGGUUUCCCAAACCAGAGUUCAGAGCAAAAAAGUCAAUUAUGCAAGCACGGAAUGUCAGAAUAAGUGGAAUCUGUAACAUACCAGAAACACCUGUGAUCAAUAAACCAGUUCGGAGUAGAAUGACUCUGGCCAACAAAGAAAAUAUCUCCAACCAAAGUAAUGUCAUCAAAAAACCUUUUGUACCACAAAGGCAAAUUAAUCACAAGAAACUAAUGCCUCCCAUUCUGGAUACACCAUUAUCCAAUGAAUCAUGGAAGUCUAGUUGCGAUGCAAGCUUCCUGCAAAAAGAAAAAGAAAUAAACGAUGUGGAAAUAAAAGCUGCAGCAGUGUCAGACGAGCGUACCUUGGAAAACAUUGCAGAAGUAACUCCGCCUGUUUCAACACCAUUCAAAGAGUAUCGGAAUGUCCAAGAAUAUUUCAAUAACUCCAGUGAAUUGGAGAGCUCGGCUAUGUACAAUGACAACACUAUCAUGUGUUUUGACAAACCCAAACCAGAAAAUCAAAGAGACGAAAGUGUUAUUGUAUCACUCUGCGAAUUACUCAACAAAGCAACUGUCACAAACAACGAAAAACCCAGCACGGAGCUCCAGGACCUGAUAGAAGUUGAGAGACAAACUGAAAACAAUAUAAAAAUGAUUGAAAAUGGCAUCAAAACUUUGAACAACAUCAAAGAAUCACAAAUUAAAUCAUUGAAAUAUGUGAGGAAAUUGAUCAAUGAAAAGAAAAAUUGUCGAACUGAAUCAAAAGGUGAUAAAGAUAAAACUCUUGUUGAUGAGACCGAAACUAUAUCAAAUGAUAAAAUACCUAUUAUUAUACAGAGCCCUGAAAAGAGUCACAUGCGCGGUGAGCCAUGUUCGGUUAUAAGAUCUUGUGCCAAAUCACCAUCCUAUAAAAUACCAAAGAAGAAUUUGUGUUUGAGAAAAAAAGUAUUUUGCAAAUCUAUGCCAAAUGUGUCCAGCCAGUCUCCGAACAGGGAUAUUGAGGGUAGAGCUUUGAAUAUGUAUAUGAAGAUGAAAGAACAGAUGAAUUUCUUGAACACACCACUUGUGAAGCAUCAUCGGAAAAGCUUUGUACCAGACACGCCAUCUGUCAUCACAACGUCUAACAAUCUACAGAGACAGUUGGACAAACUAUAUUGUGGAAGCUAGAAAAUUUUAGUAGAAUUGUUUGAUAGGUUGCUUUAUAUGAACUUAAUUAAAUGAUAGCUUUUACUCAUGGUUUUGCUACUUGUGUAUAUUAAUUAGUCUUUUAGCAAAAAUCCCAAGAAAACAAAACUAUUUUCGGUUUAAUAGAUGUCUAGAGAUAACAAAGUUUAAUCUCACAGUCUUAUUAUUAAUUGUGGUUCAGACUAUUGCAAUUAUAGACUAUUUAUUUUGUAGAACUUAAUAUAUUCUAAUUCCAAUGUUAAUUUUUGGAUUAAGACUGAUGCAGUAAUCUAAAUUUUUCACUGUUUAGAAUAUAUUAAGGUGGACAUAGCCUGCGGUGAGUAAAAAAAAAGUACAAGUUUUACCAUGAAGAACAAACCAGAUAUAAUUUUUCAUUAAAUUUUAUUUACUUAAGAUUUAUAGAUUAUUGCUUUAUAUUAGAGAAAAACUUAGAAUUAAUUUAUACAUUUAGUGAUCGGCUGCAGGUUGGUGAUGCGAUCAAAAAGCCAAACAAUAAAGUUAUAUGUAAUUUAGAAACCUUUAGACUUAGACUUCUAGAUUGACUUCAGAUAAUGAAUUGUAUAUUUGUGACUGAACUAACUUAAAAUUCUCGAGAUAAUUUUAUUAUAAAUAAAAAAUUAAUAAAAAAGCCAUUAACUAUAUUGUUUAUUAGUUUUGUUCUUUUACCAGCAUCUUUUAAAGUUUGACACAAUAACCUGCAACUAUAAAAUACA